UUCGAUAUGAUCUGAAUUGUAAUUUAUUGUGAAUGUUUGCAGUGUCUAAAAUCAGUAUUUCCUUUAUAAACGGUACCAGGCAGAUAAGGGAAUUCGAAAAAUUUUAAAGAACGCCACCUUACAGCACUCUGGUGAAGCAGACCACCAAAGCAACAGGUGGGUCUCUCAAAAAGUCUGAAACAAAAUCGAAUCAGUAAACACACCAGGUAUUCUAUGCAUCUUAGUUGUGGACUAAAUUGAUUUCAGUGAUUUUUUUGUGUUUAUCUGUUAAUACUCAUUUGAACUGUGUUUUAAAAUAUUAGCAAUUUUAAUUGCUCUGUGAUAUUCCUGAUUCCUGUUAGUACGGAAAUAACGUUCAACAUGAAUGAAGUCAAAAAAAGAAAUUCUCCAGAGUGUGGGUGACAAAUCGUCAUUUAAAAGAUAUUCACCAUGUAGAAGCGAAAAAAUCAGAAAACAGAAAAUCAACAGUUCAUAUGAAGUGUCCUAUUUGCCCCGAAGAACUGUGGAAAAUGACAAAUUGGAAAGGAUUAAUGCACUUACCAGAGGAGAUCUUGCCUAUAUAAUUAGAAAAUUCAACAUCGAUAAAAGAAGACAUGAUGAUGAUAUGGUAGAAAAAGCAUUAAAAGUUAAGGAAUGGAAUAGUGAAGGAAAAAAUGAUGUUUUUCUAUUUGAACAAAUAGGAGAAGCCUAUGUCAGAUUGAAGGAUGAAGAUUUUGCUUUAGGAUAUAUGAAUGACAACAUGGAAAGAAAGCUGAAACGGUUCCAAAAAAAUUAUAUGCAUAGAUGGGACACAUGGAAACAAUACCAAUGCAAGAAACUAUGAUCUUACCAUAGUUCUAAUUCUAGGUCCCCACCUCUUAGGAAAAAAAAAAGCUUGUUGUGACCUUUUUAUUUGAGGAUUCAGAUCAGUAUAAUGUUGUUUUCAGUUAUGUACAUAGAUUUUGCUAAAAGAGAACUUAUUAAAACGUGAACCUCUCAUUCAGUGCAACAAGUUUCUUUCAAAAUGUUGGAUGUAAAUCAUUUUAAA